CAAUGAUUGAACAAGUUGUAUUAACCUCAUCCGUGUACAUCUUGAUUAAAAGCUGUCUUCAAAAUAAACAACUCCGAAAGUUUGUUUAAGUUGGUUGGAUAUGUGGUGAGAGUUUCAAAACGCUCAAGAUGGGUUCUGAUGAAUAUGCUAAGAGUUUCGAAAAGGUCGCGGUAGAUCCGCUGGAACCAUUGGUUCUUCGUCCACCUGUUGGAUCUGAGGUGUAUGGAUCACCUCCGACAAGACGUACUACAAAUCGUAGCCGUCCUUUCAUAUUGGGUUCAUUAUUUCUCUUAUUCACAUUGUUAAUGAUUGCCAGUGUAUUUCUACUGUUAUACAUUCUUGGUUAUAGACCAUUAACUUCAUUGAAUCAUAAAGCAAAUGCACAUAAAUCCAUUUGUCGUAUUCGUAUUCCAUUUUUAAAAAUAGAUCCUGUUGAAUCGAUUACAACAGAUGAGAAUUUUCUUAAUGUUACAUUAUCUGAAGUACCAUACUACAAUGUGAUACGUAUUUUACAUCUAUUCUCUGAGGGUUUAACAGUAAUUAGAACAAAUAAGCAUUGUUAUAUUAGACCAUUGAGAGCUGAAUUAAGAGGAUCUGGAAUUGAAGAUUAUUUGCGUCGAUUAAAUGAUGGAAAUGAUUUGAAAGAUUCCGUGGAGGGAUAUCCUGUCACUGAACCGUGGUUUAUUGAUCGUGAUCCUUAUAAUACCAUUCAUAAUUCAUUGAUUAUGUCAUGGUGUGCUGGUGUACCAGCAUUUCGUUUAGUUUCAACACGACCCCCGAUCAAUCACGACGAUUAUAAAGAAGAUAUCAUGCCUGGUAUGCCAGAUGAAUCAAUCAAACCGAAUAAUCCAGAUCCAUUCGUCGGUGAUUUUGACAAUAAUAAUAUUAAUAAUAAUGAUCAAGCGGACAUCCUACGUAUCCUUCUACCUGAUCGUGAAAAUAUUCGUCCAGUACGCAGUGUAGACUCAACCCAAACAAUGCCUGCUAAAAAAGGAAAGUUAUCUAAGAAAUCAUAUACUUCGUCAGAUUGUGAAAUUGUCGAUGUUCUUUUGGAAGAUGCCACAAUCUCAUCCUUACGUGAUCAUCAUCCUGUGUCUGUGCUACGUGAUGUCAUCAUGUUCUGUUCGUAAAUCUCUCUGGUCAAGUUUUGUCAUCAUGCUUGAAAAAACACACUGAAUCAAUUGAUAAUUUGAUGCUGUUCUGUUUUAUUCCUCAUGUGGAGAACAUACACACACCCACAAACACAAACACAGCUGACUUUCUUUUUUAUCAUCAUCAUAAUACUGAACGAACUGCAUUUCAAUGGAUCACUUUUUUUUCUGAUUGUAUUCAGAUCAUCUUUUCACGUUUUGUUUUUCUCUCUCUUGUCGUCAUUUUAUUCUAUUCUGCAUCUAAUAAUCAUUAUAUUCAUUCAUUCAUUGGUAGUAGUGGUACUAAUAAUAUUUUAGUUUUUAUGAUUAUACUACUUAUAUGUAGUGUUUUAAUCGACAUCACCGCUCACACAUAAUUUGCAUUUCUGAUUGACACAUUUACACAAUUCUUCCAAUGAAAAGUUUUAUUCGUUGAACAACGACAAUCAAAUAUCAAUUUGAAUUCAAUUGAUCACAUUGUGUGUGUGUGUGUGUAUUGGUUAAUUAAUAUUCACUAUAUAUUAUUAUUAUUACUAAAAAUUUGUGUGUUUAGCGUAACAUUAUUCAUAGUAUGAUUUAUGAUUAUAAUGAUAACUUUAAUUUUUUUGCUAAUCAUUUCAUUGAUGAUAGCUAAAAAUGUCGAAUAUAUCACUCUGUAUUACAUGUUUUAUGAUGUGUAAUGAUUUUGUGUCGCCGUCAUGAUAAAAAUACCGAUAUUCAUUAUAUUAGUAUGAGAGUUUUUUUUAUUUGAUUAAAAGUACAACAUCACUA